UGCUGGAGAUCAUUUCUAUUACAACGAUCAAAGAACACACAUCUUAGUUCAAGCGCUCUAGAAGUUACCUUUCCAAUAACCUCAAACUUUGUCUGAGAUUGUACCACGUGUUUCCGCGCAUUUCAUUCCCGAAAAAAGCUAUUUUUACUUACUGAUUUUUAAGUGCUUUGAACCGCAGAGUGUACAAAAUGGUGGUUGGCUCGGACGAAUCGAAAGUAGGCAUUGACGAGGAGCAGCAUUAUGAAGAUAGCAGCUUCGACGAGUGCGAUACGCCAGCUGGUGUGUUAUCCUCGAAAUUCGACAAAACCGAUCUUUCGAUUAACACCAAUCCGUUACCGCAUGGCAAGUACACCUUGAUUGGUAUCGAUAUAGAUACCACGGGCCGUAGGCUGAUCGAUGAGAUCGUACAGAUCUCUGCCUUUACCCCGGACCGGCAGUAUGCACAAUACAUUAUGCCGCUGAUGAACCUAAACCCAGCUGCUCGUCAGCGACAUCAAGUUCGGGUGAUCACGGUCGGAUUUUUCCGCAUGCUGAAGAGCAUGCAGACGUACCGCGUUAUGAAGACUAAGAUGGAGAUCGCGGCAUUGAACGAAUUCAUCGACUGGCUUGAGGCACGUCGCGCUGAGGAUGAGGGCUCUGAAGGAAUUGUUCUUGUGUACCAUGAGCAACGAAAGUUCGUGCCUUAUAUGGUCAUCGAAGCCUUAAAGAAGUACAAGCUGUUGGAUCGCUUUGCUGAGUCGGUCAAGUCCUUCGUAAAUGGUUUCAAAUUGGCUGAGGAGAAAUGUACCAAAACGAUCAAGUACUUGACGAUACGUCAGUUGGCAAUGAUAGUUUUGGACGAGAAAGAAGGUUCUCGAGAAGGAUUCGAGGGAAACGCGGCCUACCGUGCAAGAAUGGCGUUCGAAAUUUCUAGACGCUUAGCUACGGCUGAACCGAAAGAUACUGCGUCUGCCUCAUCGCCAACGGAAACGGAGCCAAAUUGUUCGGCUGAUCCUGCAGAAGUCACUAAGUCAUCCUCCACCGCUGAAGAUGCUGUGAAGGCUGAAAGUGACAAGACAGCCGAGAACUCUGUACACGUUACAGAAGACGAGCAGAAACAAGAAGAGGUUGCUCCUGCUACGGUUACUUCGACUAGCUCUGCAUCUCGUUCCUUGACCGAAGAGGAUCGUGAAAAGAUGUGCACCGUGCUUUGUGAAUAUGCUUCGCCUAUUUCCACUGAGAUAUCUGAGCUUGACGAGCAAGAGAAGAUUCUGGUGCGCCAGAAUUCGCUGAGACCGGUAUUUUUGCUCUAUUUUAAGACGACAAUCUACCACAGGGUUAAGGCUGUUACGUAUAGACGAGUACUGGCUGAAUCUGGCCACGAUUACGAAUCUUUGCGUCAACUCUGGCAAGAAAAGAAACGCGAAGGCAUGGAAACGGUAAUCAAGGAGAUUACGGAAUUGAAGGAAGAAGAACGCACCGAAUUGGUUGAGCUUCUUGAUUGUCACUACGAUCCGGACAAGCAGGCUUUCAAACCAGUUGUGAAGCGAAUGAAGCGUCGUUCUACCCGUGGACAACCUUUCUUCUCCAACAAGAACGGAAAUGUUUCGCAAAACCAGAACGGAAAUUCCCAAAUGGUAAAGGAGAACAGGAAACCAUUCCAUGGCUACCAAAACAACCAGAAAAACCAUAACAAUCAUCAUAACGGAAACAAUAUGAUCAACAAGCAGCAAAACCAUCAGCAAAAUCAGCAACAACAGCAGUUCUACAAUGGUCCGUCUUCGCCUGAGACGAGUAUGCCCAACGGAGGUUCGCCAGGAAAGCGCUUCUUCCCACGCAAUUCUCGUCGUCGUCGGGGAGGAAACGGGCAAAACCAGAACCAGAACGGUGGACAGAACCAACAACCGAUGAAGAAUCACAACGGUAAUCAUCACUCCUACACGAACUCGAAUCGCCGCAACCAUCAGUUUCAACAGCCUAUUCCAAGUCAUGCCUAGAGAAGGAACCUCUUGAGAUGCGCAGUACUUCUAAGGUAUUUUUAAUUUGUUGAUGUCUGAAUGUUGUUGCACAGCAGAGCUGUAGAUGAACCCAGUAGAACAUACCCGAUUCAUACAACAUCGAAUCAAGGAUAAUGGCACGGAAUACGAAACAUUUUUAAAACACUCAAGUAGGUUUAAGGAUCAACACGGUAGUAGCCUUCCCUUCCGGUAUAAGUUGUCUUCGUAUUUUAGAAUCAGGUACAAGCAUCACUUCACCAGCAAAAUGUCCUUAGCAUAGUAUGCGGGGCUAGGACGAUUAGGUUUUGAUAUACUCGACCUGAAGAAAGUAAGCGCGCACUUUCAGAUAGUCUCUACCGGCCUAUCGUCUGCUUUAGUUUCCACAGAGUUAGGACAUUAGCUUGCGUAUAUGUGGUGCAAAUCCCCAUUUUAAUUUUGUGUAAAUUAUUUCCACUGCGUAGCAAUCGAUACCGAAAACGAGGCGACUAGCGUCUUUUUAUGAUUAUGCAGGUUUUAGCAGUUUUGUAAUGAAAUCAACGAAUUAUGUACUGAUUGUUAAUUGAUGGAAGGUGUUCAACGUUAGAAACCCGACCUCUGGCAGGUUACGGUUCAAUGCUGACGCCAAUAUAUAUGAUGAUUUAAUGGA